AAAGGUGGGCUUUGAAGCUCCGCCCAGAGGUGUCGGCCUCUGAGGUGUGACACACUUUAGCUGGAUACAAACUAGAGCUGACACAGAGGAUCCAUCAGUGCUCAUCACAUCUGUGGACGGGACGGGUUUGACUUCACCUCCAGAGGCUGUUUGGACAGUCAGUCAGUCAGGAUGACGCACCAGUUCCCAACACUCUCCGAGGCUCAGAAGAGGGAGCUGCAUGAAACUGCUCUACGCAUAGUUUCUCCAGGGAAGGGCAUCCUGGCUGCAGAUGAGUCUGUGGGCAGCAUGGCGAAGCGUCUGGCCCAGGUCGGAGUGGAGAACACAGAGGAGAACCGUCGGCAGUAUCGCCAGAUCCUGUUCAGUGCAGACGAUCGCAUCAACAGCUGCAUCGGAGGAGUCAUCUUCUUCCAUGAGACGCUGUACCAGCACUCUGAUAACGGCGUUCCCUUUGUCAAAAUGAUCAGGGACCGGGGCAUCCUGGUGGGCGUAAAGGUUGACAAAGGUGUUGUUCCUCUGGCAGGAACCUGUGGGGAAACCACCACACAGGGUCUGGAUGGACUGUCAGAGCGCUGUGCACAGUACAAAAAGGAUGGAGCCGUCUUUGCAAAGUGGCGCUGUGUGCUCAAGAUCAGUGACGCCAAUCCAUCUAAACUGGCCAUCACAGAAAACGCAAAUGUUCUUGCACGCUACUCUAGUAUCUGCCAGCAGCAUGGCAUCGUGCCCGUUAUAGAGCCGGAGAUUCUGCCCGAUGGCGAUCAUGACCUGAAACGCUGCCAGUACAUCACUGAGAAGGUUCUGGCUGCAGUCUACAAGGCCAUGUCAGACCAUCACGUCUACCUGGAAGGAACUCUGCUCAAACCCAACAUGGUCACACCUGGACACAGCUGCUCCACCAAGUACAGCCCAGAAGAGGUCGCUAUGGCAACCGUCACUGCCCUACGCCGCACUGUUCCCCCAGCAGUCACAGGAGUUGCUUUCCUCUCGGGCGGCCAGAGCGAAGAGGAGGCUUCUGUCCACCUCAAUGCCAUCAACAACUGCCCCCUGGCCAAACCGUGGAUCCUGACAUUCUCAUUUGGCCGAGCCCUGCAGGCGUCUGCACUCAGAGCCUGGAGAGGACACAAAGAGAACGAGAAAGCCGCCACUGAGCAGUUCAUCAAGAGGGCAGAGGUGAACAGUCUGGCAUGUCAGGGGAAAUACGAUAACCACGGUGACGCCGGUCAGCGCAUCUAUGGCUCCUGUCAUGCAUAUUGAACAGUAUAGCUUGUAUUCUUCCAUAUCGUAACAAGAUGUAUUGAAUGUAAUGUAGAUUAUUUUAGAAUACUGACACACAUGAUGCUGUUCAACAUGUUUUCUUGCCUUGAUAACUGGGGACAAUCAGAACAUGGCCUCGGGUAUUUCUAAUGCAUGUACUGAAUGGAAGAUGUUUGCUGUACUUGUGUUAUGUGACAGAGCCACGACUGAUGCUUUAAAACCCUGAAGUUAGCAUCACAGUACUACAGAGCAGUAACUUUAGUUUAUGUCAGAAGUUUACUAAAUAGUGGAGAAGACAGAGUGUGUGUGAUGUAAUUCCCUAUUUAUUAUGUGGAAGCCUUGUCAAGUUGCGCGAAGCUUCUGUGUGUGUGGCUGAGUGAAAUUUAAAUAUCGAUUUAAUGAUGAACGUGCACAAAUAGAAAUAUUGCAUGAGAAUUAGCUUCAAGCUAAUUUGCAUCUGCAGUCAGUGGGCAACGGACAACACGUGUGAUGUGUGUUGUCAUUCUCAGUAGCAUUUUCUGUGUAAUAGUGUGAUUAACAUAGUUUGAAUGAAAGUAUUUAAGCAAUAAAAGUGUUCCAGUAAAAGCUGGUUUAGAAA